AACAAAGCACGCUCGUUGAGCAUAAACAUUAACCGAAAGCGCGCUGAAACCGUCCCUGUAGGCACCCACAGAUGCCAUAAACUUCAAAAGUGUGACAUGGGGCGGAAAAGUGUGCCAAAAAAGAACAACAAAAUGCCGUGUUUCGAAAGGCCGGUGCUGGCGUAACCGUAUGCCAGACAUGGGCAAGGAGAGGAACGAACAGGCAAAAAGAACCCCGUGGGCUGGGUUGCAAAAGGUUAAACGGGUGCUCUUUGGGGUGUGGCAAGCUGGCGAAAAGGAUCGUCGCUCAAAAGACGCAAGUGGGCGACACGUUUCUGGUGCUGUAAUAUCGGAAUCUGUUACCAUAAAUAUAGACCUUUAAAUAGUGAGAUCGUAUUCUUCUGCUCCCCGAAUUUCUCUUUAAGCUGUUUGUUCUGCGUUUUAUUCGAACGGUAUCAUUCGGAAUACCCACUUACACUCCGCGGGAUGCCGACAUUACAGUUUUGGACAAAUUGUGCCCUCGCGGCGACUGUAUGGGUGGGCACGCUGGCCCAGCGAACCACUUCUCGGGAAGACAGUGGAACGCCCGCCCCAAUAAACUUGAUCACUCCGCCAGGUCCGAUCGUUGAUUCAGCAACCUAUGUCGCUCCAGCUCAACCGAAAUACGAUUAUGUUGAUGUCAUUCACAAAUCGUAUCUCUUUUACUGGGCUCAACGUUCAGGAAAACUGCCGUAUCAGCGGCUCGCUUGGCGCUCAGACUCGUGUCUAGAUUGCCGGGGGCAGUAUGGAGAAGACCUCUCAGGCGGAUGGUACGAAGCAGCAAAUACUAUGAAAUGGGGUGGCCCGUUUGGUUUUACGGCUUUCCAACUCGCAUGGAACGUUCUCGAGUACGGCGAUGCCCUUAAGCAAGUCAAUGAAUACAAGGAAUCCAUAGACUGGGUCAGGCAAGGUGCAGAGUACCUUCUCAACGUGUAUUCGAAAAACGCAACCCACGAGCGUUUGGUCGGUGUCUACGGAGUAUCAGCAGUCGGUGCAACUGACAUUGACUUUGGUUACUUUGGACCUCCAGAAGAGUACCUUCAGUGGGUUCCCCUGAACUUUGGGAGAAGAGCCUUUUACUGCGAAGGGAGUGCCACAUUGAACAAGGGAUGCUCGGACAUUGCCGGCGAUUAUGCGAGCGCACUGGCAGCAGCGAGCUUGGCUCUCAAACCUGUAGAUGAGGCGUUUGCUGCUCGAUGUCUGGAAAUGGCAAAGACGAUUUACGACUUUGCUAUGAGGUAUCUCAAUAGUUACAACGCAAGCGUCUUUGAUGAUUUUGGGUGGGCAAACUACAAACAAUGGUAUCCCUCCUACGGCUACUACGAUGAACUCUCCCUGGCCUCCGUUCUUCUUCAUCUAGCGACCAACGAUGCAACCUACUUGACCCAGUCCCAACAACACCUCGCCAAAAUUGAUGGCUACAGCGAAUACUCGUGGUCCGACAAGGGCAUUGCGGCUGCUAUUCUCCUGCACAAGCUAACAAAGGACGCAGCCCUUGCUACUACCAUCCGUACGUUUUUCACCGCCUGGCUACCAGGUGGUAAAGUCAAGCGCACACCUCGCGGGCUCGUGUUUUACAUGCAAUGGGGUGCCCUCCGUUAUGCAACCAAUGUCGCAUUCAUUGCUCUCGUGCACGCAGACUUUCUGGAAAAGAAUGCGGGUGAUCAAGCCUUUGUAACCCAGUUACGGAACUUUGCAGUCCAACAGAUAAAUUACAUAUUGGGCGAUUGCGGACGGUCAUGGAUCCCCGGAUUUGGCGAAAACUAUCCCAAGCUACCCUACCACAAGGGCAGUUACAAUGCCUACAUUGAUUAUCCCAUGCGUGGACAAAGUAAUAAUGUAAUCGGCGAUGAUUUUCUCACCUCGACAACGCCGAACCGCUUCAUCCUCUACGGUGCACUUGUAGGCGGACCCGAAGCAACGGAUGCUUACGUAGAUAACCGUCAAAACUAUGAAUACACUGAAGUUACUCAAGACUACAAUGCAGCCUUUACGGGUGCGUUGGCAGGUCUUGUUUCUCUUUACGGACCAAGCAAAUUCAAGACGGCGUCGGAUUGUGAGUUGGAUUUGGGAUGGAAACAUCCCAAUGCGACGAAACAGCCAACGUAUCCUGCCGGGGAUUGCUAUCAUACGUGCCAGCCGUGUGCACCGGGGACGACGACGGCUCCAGGAGGGCAGACCGGUGCGACUGGGAGUUCGUCGACGCCCGGAAGUGGGACGGCUGCCAAGAGCGGGGCUUUUGGCGUGUUUAAUACUCAAGUAUGGACCAGCGUGGGUGUUGCGGUUCUCGUGGUCGUUCUGUCGGUCUGGGUCAUACUUUAGUAUUAUCAUACUUGUUAGUUGUCGGUUGGCAUUAUCACAAACGCAAUUUCACAUACACAAAAUAUAAAGAAAAAAUGAAAUGAACACAUAUAAUGAGAAAAAUAAAAACUGAAGAAAUGAUAUAUACUACA